UUUUGGUUUAAUAGAUGCAACUAUUGCAGGGGAUAUUCAGGGAGACUGCAGGUGAACCAAUGUACUAUAAAACUACAUACGACCUGUUACUGUAUUGAUACACUACGAUCGCCGCUUUAUCAUCACGUGAGCAUCUCGAGUGUUGGAAGAUUCUUUUGCGUCGGACUUGCACGAUCUUUCUCGGAUAGGCAGACUUCUUCCCCAGACUUGCACUCGCUUGCCCGAGGUCUUUGGGAGCUAUAUUGGACUAUUGCAAAGCGAUUGAACCCUAAGUAUUUUACACCCGAUUGAGGUGCGUUCUAGAUAUGGCUCGUGCGAAAAAGCGCAAGCAGCCCGACUCUGACUACGAGGACCCGGUCAAGAACGAUGACAAUCCACAAGGAUUCGGUUUAGGCCAGACGCUUUCACUGCUACAGGAUUCAAACGCGCCAACGGGAGGGGACUGUAUUGUCUCUCCCACGGCCCUGCCAAUCACUGGCUGCGCGGACACCCAACCCACGACCAACGAUAAUGAGCGACGACCUUCAAAGAAGACACGCGUGAAUGGGGAAAAGGGCAAAUAUCCUGUUCUCACGUGGGUGGAAGGGCAACUUCAGUCCUGCAUUCGCAUCUCGGACCUUCAAAACCUACUCCUUUACUGUUUCGCAGACGGGCUCGCGCCGCGAUGGAUUUCCGUAAAACAUUCAGGUCACUUUCGCAAAGUGGUUGUGCUGAUGGUUCCUGGGUUGGAAUUGGGAAUGUUCGAUGGAACCGUUCGGCUAGAUGCCUCGCAAGCAGAGGACACAGGACCCGUGGAGAUCCCAGCCAACGACAAAGAAACGGAUACAAGGGGGGAGGACUUCUCUCGGUGGAAAGAAGGCCUUCCGCUUGAAGAUAGAUCGCCUCGGUUUAAUCCUCGCCCACUAUCGCGCAACGAGAUUCCCGAAUCCCUGCAGCCAUUGGCCGAUAUGUUCCCUCAUGCCUGGCCGGUCCGGGCUCCGGGGGAUUCGAAGUACAAUAAGAUCCAUUCACCUUUGCAGGCUCUGCUCAUGUCUCCUUUACCUAAGAGCAAAGAAAAUGGUGGGUCAUCUAAGGGUCCUAAGCCCCCUAAGGUGGAUAAAAAUUACGUCUCCAAGCGCACCCCAAUCACCAAAUUCCUGAGCUCUGUCGAGGACCUUCGAGAAAACGACUACCCUCUGCACCCGGCUUUUUUCCCCACCGAGAGUGAGAAGGUGGCUCUGGCAGAGAGCCGCAAGCGGGCUGGCCAAGCCGCGGAUGACGGCUGGGUAGAUACUCAAGUAGAGAGCCUGGAGUCUGGGAACAUACCCGAAAUUGAAAUCCAACAAGGAAGCAUGACGGCUGGUCGCGACGUAUUAGCCCUAGAUUGUGAGAUGUGCAUCACUGAAGGUGGCCAAUCCGAACUCACUCGCAUUAGCUUAGUCCGCUGGGACGGCGAAGUUGUGCUUGAUGAGCUUGUAAAACCCGAUCGACCAGUAAUCGACUACCUCACUAGAUUCUCCGGCAUCACGCAGGAAAUGCUAGACCCUGUUACAACCACCCUCGCCGAUAUUCAGCAGAAGCUCCUUACCCUUAUCACCCCACGCGCGAUUCUAGUCGGCCACUCCCUCAACUCCGACCUGAAUGCACUCAAACUGACACAUCCAUUCAUCGUCGACACUACGUUUAUCUAUCCCCACCCCCGCGGCCCCCCGCUCAAAGCCAGCCUCAAAUGGCUCACGCAAAAAUAUCUCGGCAAGGCCAUCCAAAACGGCAUGUCCGGCCAUGACUCGAUCGAGGACGCCCGCGCCGUUCUCGAGCUUGUGAAACAGAAAUGCGAAAAGGGCGAACAAUGGGGCACCAGCGAUGCCUCCAACGAAAGCAUUUUCAAACGACUCGCGCGGUCCAACCCCGCAGGACGGUCCGUAUUUACCUCCACCGGCCGCACCGGAGCAGUGGUCGACUGGGGCAACCCGCUACGCGGCCUGGGCGCACAAGCAACCGUCGCAAUCGGAUGUAAUGACGACGCCGCCGUGGUGAAGGGCGUAUCCUCCGUCGUGAACGGUGACGAGAGCAAUCCAUCUAUCCCCGGCGGCGGGGUAGACUUCACCUGGGCUCGCAUGCGAGAACUCGAAGUCCACCGUGGCUGGUGCAACCGGAUUCCAGACCCCAAGAAUGCCAACGAGUCUACAGCUGUCCCUCCUCCCGCUGCUGCUGCUGCUGCUGCUGCUGCUGCUGCUGCUGCUGCAGGCCCUCCGGGAGAAGAACCAAACUCCACGGAUGCAACCGGCCCGGACACUGAGAAGCUGCUAUCCGAGGUCGUUGCGCGAACUGUUCGGCAUAUCAAGGAAGUCUACGAUGCGCUUCCGGAUUGUACACUCUUCAUGGUGUACUCGGGGACCGGGGACCCACGGGAAGUCAGCCGGUUACAGACGAUGCAUAAGAGUUUCCGUGACGAAUAUCAGUCCCGUAAACCGUGGGAUGAGUUGACUGUUAAAUGGACAGACACUGAAGAACAAGCCUUGAAACGGGCUUGCGAGCGUGCUAGGGAAGGUUGUGGAUUUAUGUGUGUGAAAUAGAUCUAUGUAUAGAGGCUGUCUGUCAUAUACCGCCUUAGAUAUGACCUUGGGCUAUCUAAUGAUGAACUUGAACUAACAUCCCUGUGCCUUAUUUGGGAGUUGAUUACUGGAGAGGGCUAUUCUUUUUUAUUUUAUUUUUUUUUUCCCCUUGGUACGACUACUACCUUGGAAUACCCAUAAAAUUGAACAAUACAAGAAAG